CGAACAGAUAUUCAUUGAUUAACACUUCCACACCUUUCCCAAAAGGAAGAAAAAAAACACACUUCAACAGGUUUCAGAGUCUCGCUCUCGCUCUCACUCUCACCUCACACAGGGUUGUGAAAGAGCCUAAGACGAGGAUGUUCUUUGCAGCCUGAGAACGUUUUGGAGUGAGAGGUCGUUCUUCCAAUGGAGAACACCAAUGAGAUGGGCUCUGAAGUACUCACAGUGAAGAGAGGAAACCCAACUUUGGUUACACCUGCAGAGGAGACACCCAAGGGUCUAUACUUCCUCUCCAACCUUGACCAGAACUUCACCACCAUAAUUCGAACCAUUUAUUGCUACAGGUCAAUGGAGAGAGGCAAUGAACAAUCUGCAGAAGUAAUUAAGGAUGCUUUGUCAAAGGUUCUUGUUCCUUACUACCCACUUGCCGGGAGGCUUUCAACAUGCACAGAUGGAAAGCUUACAGUAGAUUGCAAUGGAGAAGGGGUUGUUUUUGUCGAGGCUGAGGCUAACUGUACAAUUGAAGUUAUAGGUGACAAUAGAAUGCCUGAUCCUUUGGUUCAUGGGAAGCUGUUUUAUGACAUUCCUAGUGCCAAAGGCCUACUAGAGGUUCCUCCUAUAAUGGCACAGGUGACCAAGUUCAAAUGUGGAGGAUUUGUUCUGGGGACAUGCGUGAACCAUUGUCUUCUUGAUGGGAUUUCUGCUAUGCAAUUUCUGAACUCAUGGGGUGAAACUGCCAGGGGCUUGUCAAUAAAGGUACUUCCACACCUAGACAGAACCAUACUCAAAGCUCGCAAACCCCCUAAGAUUGAGUUCCCACAUCACGAAUUCGACGAAAUUAAGGAUAUAUCAAACACCAAUGAUCUUGAUAACGAAGAAAUCAUCCACAAGUCUUUUAUUUUUAGCCCUGAGAAGCUCAAUCAGAUCAAGAUAAAAGCGAUGGAGAAUGGAGUUCUAGGCAAGUUUACUACAUUUGAAGGUCUCGCAGCGUUUAUCUGGAGGGCUCGAUGUAAGGCUUUAAAACUGCGUCCGGAUCAACAAGUAAGGCUCCUCUUUCCAGUCGAUGUUCGGCCUCGGCUCAAUCCGCCGAUACCAGAAGGGUACGUCGGUAAUGGGAUUGUGAAAGCAUAUUCACUGAGCACUGCAGCAGAGAUAAUGGAGAAGCCAUUGUCAUAUGUGGUGGGACUAAUUCAAGAGGCUGUUAAUAUGAUCACAGAUGGUUACAUAAGGUCGGGCAUAGACUAUUUUGAAGUAAAAAGAGCUAAAGCUCCUUCUCUAACUGCAACACUUGUGAUUGUUGCAUGGUAUAAGCUACAAUUCCACACCACAGACUUCGGUUGGGGAGAACCUCUCACAACUGGGGUUGCCUCUUUUCAUGCGAAUGAAUUGAUUUGUUUGCAACCAUACGGGAAAGAUAUGAAAAGCAUUAAUGUGCUUGUGGGUUUGCCAACUUCUGCCAUGAAGAUCUUCGAGGAACUUAUUACAUUUUAAUAAUUGAAAGUUUGACUCGAAAUGUCUUAUGUGUGACUGAGAUAUUUACAUGUUUAUUUGUUUUUUCGGUCAAAGACAUAC